UUUGGGAAAGAACGCAACUCCUUAAUUCACACACUACAAAUUAUCACGAUAUCUAGGACUAUAAAAAUUUGCAAGACUUUCCUAAAAUUUAAAGAAAUGAAGAAAGCAAGAUGAUUUCCUUCAUGACCAUGCUACCAAGCGGGUGACCGUUCAAAAUUCACUCUUUAAAUUAAAAAGUGGAAGAGAUCGUAUAUACAUAUGUACGUACAUGCAAGCAUAAGUAGCUGUGCACACGCAACUCGACAGCAAAUAAAUAAUUGUGCUGUUUCACCUUUGUCCCGAAAACUUUUAAUUCAGAAGCCUUGGUGUUUCUCUACGGCAUAUGAUAAUUAAUGUCAUUUGUUGCAUGUCAGGUUUACUAACGUGUCCCAGUCUGCUUCAAAGACCGAACGAAAAUAUCAGAAAACAAUGGCUAUUUUGUUUGAAAAAGCAUAGAUUGAUAUAUGUAUUAUAGAAUGUUUAAUUUCAAAGCAACGAUUGUCUACUGCGUCGAGAAUAUAUAUAUCCGGGUGUUGUCCGUUCUAAUUACAGGUGACACCUACUUCCCAUUCACCGGAACCCAUGCUAAAAGAAUUUAUUAAUACAGGUGGGAUGGUAGCCUGACUUUAUUUAUUUACAUAUCUUUUCUAUUUCAUGUUUCUUUCUAAACAUUACUUGGCUACCUGAGGUGUUUUUUUCGUCUCCCUAACACUCUGUCCAUAUUUUAACGCUUCGGACAUUAUUUUCAAUAUGAGUUACCACAGUGGCAGCUCUAUAGGCUUUGUAGUGGCUAAAGUGGCUGAACUUCAGAGGAAUCAGAACAUUCUCUAUAAUUUGGUGAAACCCAAGAAAGAUGAACCAGACUUAGUAGAAUCAAACCUCAAGCUGGCUAAUGUAUUGCCAAAGAAACGAAUUUAUCGAAUGGACUCCACUGAAGAACUUGUUCUAUUCAGAAAGGAACUGUUGACACGCCCUCUCCUCUUGCAAUGUACUAUUGAGAGUGGGCCAGGUGUUGGGUGUUUCAAACAUUUAUCAAAUUUUGAUUGUAGAUUUGUGCAAAAUUCAGAGUGCUUUGUCGUUUUGUUGAACCAAAUCCAUCCUAAAAUUUCCAGCCGUCUUUCCAUGGGACUUGAUCUAGCAGUGAAAUAUAUGCGUGGCUCACAACCAUUUAUCCUGACAUUCACAUUUAACAAGGUUAUAGAAAAGCUCUAUGAUGCUAUUCUUAGAGCUUAUGAUCUACAAAGGAGCGCUCGGGAAAAAAUCUCCUGCAACUAUGCUGAACUGACUGUUCGGUACCUGGGUAAUAGUUCACAUAUUCCACUUACAGGUGGCAUAAAGGUGAAAGAAUUGAAGUUUGCCUUUGAUGAUCUUGACAAAGAGGAUCUUUUAGUUGACACACUGGCUGCUGCUCAUGCCAGGCAGCGCCGGAGUUUACCAAUUGACCAAGGAGAAUUGGUUAGUGUUUUAAAAGGAUGGAAGUUUGGAGAUUUUGAACUCUCUGAUGGACUUUGGAAUGCCUAUGCAGAAAUAACAGGUGCACCACUCCAAAGGAACAAUUACACACCACCACCACCCUAUGAAACGGCUAUGAAAAAUACCACUACUACAGCAAAUGAUUCCAGAAGACCUGAUGAUGAUUAUCACCAUCACCAAAACGGAGAGUAUGGCUAUAUGGAAUAUUCAGAAGUACCAAAUACAACUAUUGCUGUUGUUCAUCCAAGCCACUCUGUUGACGUUAAUGAACAGAAUAUGUAUGAGAGAACACUCCCCAGCUACAAUAAUAUGACAAUCCAAACAAAGAAAGUGAUAAAACCAUUGGAGGACUUAGAUCAAUAUAAAGAGUAUGCUAACGUACAACCAAAUGAUGAUGAGGGAACGUACAACUAUGGUUAUUCUUACACGCCUCAAAAAUAUUCUCCUGAAUCACAGCAUGAAGUUGCUGCCCAGGAACUUGGUUUAAAUUUAACCAGACACGAUAAGAGAAACUCCACUCCAGGUCAGGGCGAUCAAUAUGGCUACAUUUCAAACCACAAUGAAGUUGCCUUUCAAAACAAUUCACGACCUUCCAGUCAAUAUAUUUCUGAGAGUUUCAUUUAGAAAUUUAUUGUUUCUUAUGAAUGUUGUAACAAAUAUAGCUUCAAUUAGUAUUGAAAAUACAAAUUAACAGUCACUUAGGCAUUGACUGAUGUACACUACUAAUUGGUUUUACAACAUUUAGGUUUAUGACAGCUAUAUACAACUUGAUUUACUGUAGUAUGUGUGAAUGUAUGAAUGAAGAAGUGUAAGAUUUAUUGUAAUAUGUGAACAUAUGAAUGACUACAAGAUUUACCAUAGUAUGUGAAUGUAUAAAUGUGUGAGUGUAAGAUUUAUCCUUUGUGAAUCUAUGAAUAAGUGAAUGUGAGACAGGACCUGAUUUUGCUAUUAUUAUGAUUAUUGUAAGGCGGCAAGCUGGUAGAAACGUUAGCAUGCCAGGAGAAAUGCUUUGUGGUAUUUCAUGUCUUUACGUUCUGAGUUCAAAUUCUGCCGAGGUCGACUUUGCCUUUCAUCCUUUCGGAGUUGAUAAAUUAAGUACCAGUUGCAUACUGGGGUUGAUCUAAUCGACUGCCCCCCCCCCAAAAAAAAAAAUUCAGCCCUUGUGCCUAGAGUAGAAAAGAUUAUGAUUAUAGUUGUUUUUUACUUUUAAUUUUCGAAAUGUAUCUUAAAGACGAAUAUUUUUCAACAGAAUUUAAUACAAAAAGAGAAACAAACACUAUUAUUACUGCUGUAGCCUAUCACUACUGCAAUAACACAUUAAGACAUCACUUAUCACUAUGUAUCUAAAUGUACUAAAAUACCACAUGUUUGUGCACACUUCUAAGCAUACUAUUGUCCCCUUUCACCACAUUCUAGUUUGUAAAUUUGGCAGUAAAACUUCUGCAUUUAUUUCAUUCAGCUGUUAAGUUUUGUCACAUCCAUUUAAUAAUGACUCACCUUUUAUCAGUUUUAAUUUUUUUAAAUAUUAUAUACCAAGUCUUCUAUGGCUUUUGGUUUUGUUUCCUUUGGUGUUGAAAUUCAGAUUGUCUACAGAUUUCAGGUGAUGUUGGUAGUUUGGCAUAUAAAGGACAUGUCACUUCCAUCAUUUUGUUCUGCAAUUAAAUCUGAAAGUGAUAUCAAUUUACACCAAUUUAGAGUGUUACCAUUUUUAUACACUCCUUGUAUAUGUGUAUGUACAUGUGCUAAUGAAUGAAAAGAGAACAGGAGUCAUGUAAUCACCUUCAUUAGCUUACAACUGUUUCUGCUAUGAGAUGUUGCACAAGCACUCAGUAGUGCACUCAGAGCUGAGUGCUUGUGCAAUAUCUUAGCAGAAACAACUGUAAGCUAAUGAGGGUAAUUACGUGACUCCUGAUCCUUUGUCAUUUGUUAAUUAAUGUUAUGCCCUGUACUCGCCUAAUACUUUAUUCUAAAACAUUAGCUCCCAAACAUUUUCAGGCUACCACCCUCUUGGUACCCAUGCCACAUUCCUAAUUCUCCCCCCAUCACCACCACUUUCUGCAGCAAAUUCAAAAAUAAAACUUAAUUGAACCAUUAUCUUGUUGUUUUUACAUCCAUGGCACCCCCCCCCCUUUGGCUACCCUAUUAUCACCCCACUUCUCCAAGGCCUCCUGGAUCUUUUUGCUGCUCCCAGAUGAGGGCAGCACCACCCACUUUGGGAACCACUGCUCUAAAGUAUAUGCAUACUGAGUUCUAACUACCAGUUAUUAGUAUUGCUUUGCCGAAGCAAAACCAUAAGGAUAUAUUUACAACUAUCUUAAGUAUAGUGUUAAUCAAUGUUCAUUCCACUUCUGUGACAACUUGUUAUUACAUUCAUAUUUGACUGACAGUUGUUGCAAACAAACAAAUAAUGUUUGUAAGAAGACCUGGUUACUCAAAUUCCACAUUUGGAAUAUAUUUUCUAGAAUUACCUGUUAGGUAGAUAUUAGGUACUUAUGUAUUUUCUAGAAUUAUGUUCUGCAAUUAACAGCAACUUCUAAAUGUUUAAAUUACUAAGCCUUAAUGUCUAGGCCUCUACCCUAGUAGCUAAGAUACACUACUUUGGUAGCUGAGUUAAACUGCCAAAGGAGUAAACUAACAUUUCUCUAAUACCUAGGUUUCAUUACUCUGGUCAUUUAUAUUGCCUUGAUAACUAAGUUACACUGCUGUGGUGGUUAAAUUACACUGCAUAGGCAGUUAAGCUACUUCUCCUGAAGCACAUAAGCAUAUUUGUAGCCUCUGGUUCUGUUAUUUCACUGCUGAACACAUGCAUGUUUAACACAAGAUAGCAAAGUAAGCUUUUAUGUGGUUGUUCAAUCUGCUUCAGAUAGCAGAUAAAUACCCCUCAUAUCACAUAUUACUGUCUUUAUAAAAGGAAUGACACAUUGGAGGGGGUCGUUGUAAAUAUAUUAUGCCUGAAAAAAUAAAAGAGGGAAUGGUCAUAGAUGGUAAAUCCUGAUAAUGUAGAUCUACCAUCAAAAUGAUGGUAGAUCUACAUUAUCAGGACUUACCUAGGGAGAGACAACAUUAAUUACAUGUUUAAAAUCUUUUUAAUUUUAAAAUAAUCUAUUGUAAAAUUAUCUCCUACAACAAAGCAUUACUUAGACUUAUAAACCAUUAAAACACUCCUUUUAGAUUUACAAACCAUUAAAAUACUUUUGAUACUUAAAAACCAUUCAAAUAUUUCAUUACUGUGAAAGUCUCUCAACUAAUUGAUAAGUAUUUUAAAUAUAGACAUGAAAUAAGACUAACUGUAGUCAUGAAAUAAGACUAACUGUAGUCAUGAAAUAAGAUUAGCUUUAACAAUACGUGUUCUCUUUCAGGAUUAAUAAGAGCCUCCUCAUCUAUCAUUUGUUUGUACUCUAGGAAAAUAAGCAUGUAUAGAUAUAUCUGCUCACUUACACAUAUACUGUGAUACUUUCACAUAAGCAUUGAUGUACAGAAUAAUUUAUGUACAUAAUUUAGUUGAGCUUCUUAGUUACAAGCAACUUUCUAUCUCCUCCCACUCUCCCCCAUCACUCAUUGUAUUUCUUAAGCAGACAUAGACACAUGUAUUCUCACAAAUAUAUCUCCUACCCUUUCUCCCUCACACCUGCUUUUCAUUUGCACACACACACACACACUGACAUAUUCGCACAUAAAUGUACAGUGUAUCCUCAAAUUUAUCUUCUUCAGAAAUAUUCAUUUUCUCUUCUGCUUUAUGUAUUACCUUUCUUCUACUGUUCUGUUACACACACAUACAUACACACCACUAUACAACAUGCUUACAUUUGCAUCUUUCCUCACAUCCACAAAGGCUUCCAUUCACUCUUUUAUAUUUUAUGUAUCUUCUUAGUGGAGCCAGAUUCCAAACAGAAAGACCAGCAGAUUACCCAAUGAAAGAGAGUAUGUGUGUUGGGGGAAAGAAAAGCCUUCAUAAAAGCCAAUUAUACCUCAUAAAAAACCAAGCUGCCCUAAAUAUAUCCGUAAUCCUAUAAAAGUGCCCUCACACUUUGACCCUUAACUCUCUGCCUUAAAUCAUGCUGCUAACCAGGUGCCUUUUGAGCUAGAAAUUGCUUUAUGGGUCGUGAAUGUUUGCAAAGCAAACUGCUAAUACAAUUUUCAGGUGAAAUGUGUAUGUGUAUAUACGUAUACAUACAUACACACAUACAUAUUCACAUACAUGCAUUUUCACAUACCUGCAAAUGCACAUAAAUAGUCACUCCGAACAGACAGAUAGUUAGACAGACAAUAAGAAGAAAAUAAACAGAAACACAUGUACACACAUUCUAGCAGUUGCGGGUAUAGGGUAUGACACGUCGAUCAGCAAAGGGUGUUACUGAUAGAGUGAUCAAUUCAUAGAUAGUUGCAUGCAUGGAGGAAUGGACACAGAGAAAGUAGAACAGAUUGCUAGUUUGACUAAGUGACAUAAUAUGCACAUAAAUUUGAAUACAUUCUUGAAACUCACUCAUGCACAUACAUUGUUUAAAAAAACCCAUUCAUUCACAUGUAUUUCUAACAAAACUGACACUUCAAACAUAUACACACCUACACCCUCACUUACCUGCCUAUAUCUAUACAUACAUACAUACAUACAUACUUGCUGUGUAGGGUCACCUUUUCAAUCACUGAGCCAACAUUAUUUUCAUUUACUUUCUCGAUAUCAAGUUUUGAAUUUCUUUAAUAUAUUAUUACUAACAUUAAAAUGAAAUUAGAAGGACAUAUCAUAAAAACAUUAACUAGCAAGACUGACAUUAAUAUUGUUAUACUUUUUUUAUGUUGUUCACAGUGAUAUGUUGACUGCUCUUUCCAGUUUUUCAUGAUACAGCAUGUGUAUGUUAUUUACUCAAUAUAUCUGUAUCUCAGUAAUAGUGAUAACACUUCCCUAUACAUGCACACACACACACACACACACACACACUCUCUCUUCCUCUCCCUCUCUCUCAGCUAUCUUUCUCCUCUCUUCAAUGUCUCCACAUGCUCCCUCUUGCUCCUUUCACUCUUGUUUAUUGGUUUCUGAACAUAUGCAUAAAUACAUAUAUUCCAUAUAAACACAUCCAAUUAUAUAUAUAUAUAAUGUAUGUAUAAUAUUCUGAUACAAUACAAUUCUUGCAUAUUACAUAUUUUAUACAGUUAUUCAGCUAUAUAAUAUAUUAUAGUUAUUUAACUAUAAAAUAUUCAAGAGAAAUUUUUAAAUUGUUUUUUUAAAUGUAAACUUUUUCGAUAAUGUCUUUUUUUCAUUUGUAAUUUUUUAUAUUUCAAUAUUUUUAUGAAAUAACUAUAUUUUUCUGAAUACCUAUUCCUUGUUACUUUCUUUAUCAAAUAAUGAUUUCAAUAACAUUCCAUUCUCUUAGAUUAUUUACCAAAGUUGUGGUUGUCUUUGCAAUAUUUUCAUCUUUUCUCCUUCCUCUCUAUUUUUCUUCUACUUUCUUUGAUUUCUUCCUCCUUCUUCAACUUCUUUUACUGCUUCUUUCUCAUCUUUCAUUUCUUUCUCCACUACUUCUUUCACUUCUCCUUUCUACUUUGUCUUCUUCCUUUGCUUUUUCUUCUUUCAUUUCUUUUCUUCUUCAUCUCUUUCCUUCACUUCUUCCAGUAAAACUGACAAACUAUCACCAGACUGAAUGCUUCACAGUGUUUAAUUAAAAUCUUUCUACAUCCAGGGUUCAUAGUUCUGCCAUAGUUAACACUGUUUUUAUCCAUUACAGAUUGAUAAUUACUGUACCAGUAAUAUACUGGAUUUGAAUCACUUAUACAUGCAUCCUUAAUAAUAUCCAACCUUCAUCAUCAUUUUCAUUUAAUGUCCACAUUUAAUGUCCAUGUUUGCAUGUAUCAGAUAGCAACUGUUGAGACAGAUUUUCUAUGGUUGGAUGCCCUUCCUGUCAUCAACCUUCACCUGUUUCCAAGCAAGUUAAUAUUUUCCCAGACAUGUUUUUCACUGAAAAUAGUAAAAGACCAACCUCACUUGUUGAUAAUGAUACUCGUUUUCAGCCAGCAUGUGAUGUCCUAGACAAAGGCAUACACAAAUGUAUAAACACAGAUGCAUACACAUACAUAUGCAUAUCAUCAUCAUCAUCAUCGUCGUCGUUUAAUGUCUGCCUUCCAUGCUAGCAUGGGUUGGACGAUUUGACUGAGGACUGGUGAAACCAGAUGGCUACACUAGGCUCCAAUCUGAUUUGGCAGAGUUUCUACAGCUGGAUGCCCUUCCUAACGCCAACCACUCAGAGAGUGUAGUGGGUGCUUUUACGUGCCACCGGCACAAAGGCCAGUCAGGCGGUACUGGCAACGGCCAUGCUCAAAAUGGUGUAUUUUAUGUGCCACGCUCAAAAUGGUGUAUUUUAUGUGCCACCCGCACAAGAGCCAGUCCAGGGGCACUGGCAACAAUCUCGCUCGAAAGUCCUUACACAUGCCGCAGGCACAAGUGCCAAUAUUUAUAUAUGAUGGACUUUUUUUGGUUUCCAUCUGCCAAAUCCAUUCACAAGGCAUAGGUUGGCCCUAAACUAUUAGAAGAUACUUGCCCAAGUAUCAAUGGGAUUGAACCCAAAAGAACAUGAUUAGAAAGCAAGCUUCUUAACCAUACGGCCACAAGUUAAUGUCUAUUGCAAGACUACAUGCCUAUGAGACCAGAGCUUGUCUCAGUUUCUGUGGUAUUUAAGUGACUGAAAGUACACUAGCCCAUCACAAGGUUAACCCAACCAGCUGUCACUUGUUCUCAUUUUCAGUAAAAACUGAAAUGCCUUGCUCAACGUUUAUCGUGCCAACUGGUUCAAGAAUCGAAUUCAUAACCCAACUGCUGUGAACCCAAGAUGCAAACCACUGUGCAACAUGUCAUCACAGUCAAAAAAAUAAAUCAUUUCUCUCAAGUUAGUAGAAAUUUAAGCCAAUAUUUCCUGCUAUUUGAAUUAUUUGCAGAUAAAAUGCUGUCAUGCCAAAACUCUUUGUGAUAAUGCAAA